UGCGUGCUGUCAAACGCUGAAUUUCACAUUUCCACCACACAAAAAGAAAAAAAAAGAAACGCAGACGUCUUUGGCUGAAGUGCGUGAGAUACCACCGAAAAAACCAACUUAAAUCACUUAAAUGCUGAUCAACCGCCAGCCAAACGAUUGAAACCAACGGCAGCGAGGCGAGCGCCGCACUUUCCUGCCGAAAAUUACGUGAAUCACUGGGCAAGGGCAACCCGUGCAAUUGGCAUUUUAAUUGGCGACAAAUCUGCAAACGGCGCGCUGAAAAAUGGUCAAUUCAUCUGGCAGCGAGGACGGCCAGCUGCGGAGCCCCAACGAUGGGCAUUAUCACAGGCCAAAAAGUGUGUACUUGUCCCAAGACCGAGGCGCGCGAUGGCCAACAACAAUACCUAAUAAUAAUCAUAAUAAAAAAAAAAUAAAAAACCAACAAAGCUAUUAUAAAAAACCAAAAUGAAAACGAAAGAAAAAUGUGCAAGCAAUGUGCUAAAUUCGAGUUUAAAACUGUGCACCUGCAGUGUCAACGGCAGAUGGAACCGAAUCUUCUCAAGCCAACCCACACUAAUCUCGCUUGACCCGCCGCUGGCUAAUAAAAUGUGUUCCGAGAACCGAGAACCGAGUACCAAACACCCGAGAAUCGGAAUCGAGAUCCGAUAAGCUAAGCUCCAAACAGAUCGAUCCGUCGAUCCGAUCUCUCUCAUGUGCUGCUGGCGCCGAGGCGAGGAUGAUGAGCACGAGGCGGACUCCGAUGCUCUGUACAUACAACCACCGCAGGCCAGUCGGGAAUCGGGAUCCGGUUCCAGGCGAGAGAAGAAGAAACAUUCCCGCGAACGUCGACGCCACAAGGAGCGGGAUGAUGUGGGCGGUGGCGCCGGACUAGGACCGGAACGCGAUCAUCGCUAUGAUUAUCGAAACCGGGAGGAGCACUACCACCAUCAUCAUCGCGAUAGGGGCAGUAAUGUGGCUGCGGCAUAUCAGAAACACCACCUGGGGCACGCCUACCAUUACCCCCAGCCGCCGCAACAACAGCAGCAGCCCCUGCCGCCAGCUCCCAGCUAUGCUGCCCACCACCAUCAUCAUCACCAGCAUUUAGGCGGAGCCAGGGCUGCUCCCCGUGGCGAUUACCAUUCCUAUCCUUCGGGCUAUCACUCGAGCAGUCGACACGGCGACUAUCCCAUGGAGGAGCCACCGCGACGUGGUAGCAAAUACGCGGAGAGCAAGGAUGCGGAGAGCCUGGAGCAGGAUUUGCGUUCCAGGCUGCUGAAAAAGCGGCAUAACUACGUUAAGGACUAUGAAACGGAGGAGAACUACGAGCAUCGUGGCGAGCGGAGUGAGCGACGCGAAGGCGGUCGCAAGGAGCGGGAGCGGACUGGGCGAAGUAGUCACAAGCAAAACCGACACGAACGCGUCAUCGAGCUGCUGGACAGUCCCGAACCGGAGCACCAACAUCAGCACCAGCACAAGUCGCAUCGCAGCAAGUGGCGCGAGGAGGUGGAGGUCAGCCGAAGAAAGGUAAACGAGGACCUGGAGUUGCUGGCUCGCAGGGACAAGCUCCUCGCCGCCGAGCGUGACAGUCGCCAGCGAAAGCAGACGGCUCGGGACGAGCUAGAGGCUCGGCGGGAGUUGCUACGCGAGCGAAACGAGCACAGUGAUGCACUGAGUCCAACGGCAGUGGCUGCUAGUGUAACCGCCGGUCUAAACAUUCAAGUCAAGCGGAAGUCCAAGCCAGAUAGCUACGAGAAAGAGGUCAAACACAAGAAGCGGCGGGAGGAGGAGAUCGAGGUCAUCCGGGAUGAUGAGGAUGAGGAAAGCGAGGAGAGCGACUCCAACGAGGAGGAUCACGAGGUGGACAGCGCAGAAAGCGCCACAGAAUCGGGCAGUGAAGAAAGCUAUGCUAGCAAAAAGAAGAGCAAGAUCAAACCCAAGCCACAGGUGGAGGAUGACGACGAGGAUUUGCCCUUGCCCGACAGUCCACUCAGCGUGGGUGAGCUCUACAAGUCACCCAAGCAGCGCCAGCGAUCUCGCUCUGUCAGCUCCAAGAGCAGCUCCCAGACCAGCCGGAGCAGUCGCUCCAGAUCUCGUUCCCGAAGUCAAAGCAGCCUGGAGGAUGAGGAGGAUAGGCGGGAUGCAGGAACAGCUGCCUCACCCAGCAGCAGCACACGUAGCGAGGAGCGCGGGAUGACUCAACAGCAGUCGGAAGAGAAGCCGGACGAAAAACUUAAGGAAAAGGCACAGAAGUCACUGGAGGAACAAGUUCCAUGCGAUGACAAGGGCGUUCCCCUGCCCAACUAUUAUCCCGGCGUGCAGGGCUGCCGCUCCGUUGAGGAGUUCCAGUGUCUCAAUCGCAUCGAAGAGGGGACCUACGGCGUGGUGUAUCGUGCCAAGGACAAAAGGACCAACGAGAUUGUGGCCCUCAAGCGGCUAAAGAUGGAGAAGGAAAAGGAGGGCUUUCCCAUCACGUCCCUCAGGGAGAUUAACACUCUUCUCAAGGGCCAGCAUCCGAAUAUUGUGACCGUUCGAGAGAUUGUGGUCGGUUCCAACAUGGACAAGAUCUUUAUUGUUAUGGACUAUGUGGAACACGAUCUUAAAUCUCUGAUGGAAACGAUGAAGAAUCGUAAGCAGAGCUUCUUCCCCGGAGAAGUCAAGUGCCUGACGCAGCAACUCCUGAAGGCGGUGGCUCAUCUCCACGACAACUGGAUCUUGCAUCGUGACCUGAAGACCUCCAACCUUCUGUUGUCCCACAAGGGCAUACUCAAAGUGGGCGACUUUGGCUUGGCCAGAGAGUACGGAUCGCCAAUCAAAAAGUACACAUCGCUGGUGGUUACUUUGUGGUACCGUGCACCCGAGCUGCUACUCUGUUCGCCCGUUUACUCCACGCCCAUCGAUGUCUGGUCGGUGGGCUGCAUUUUUGCCGAAUUCCUGCAGAUGCUGCCGCUUUUCCCGGGCAAAUCGGAGAUCGAUGAGCUGAAUAGGAUCUUCAAGGAAUUGGGCACUCCCAACGAGAAGAUCUGGCCCGGCUACACCGAGCUACCCGCCGUGAAGAACAUGCUGUCGCAGAACUCUCAGUUCACAGAGUAUCCCGUCUCGCAGCUGCGCAAGCACUUCCAGGAGAAGACCUCCGACAUGGGUCUGUCGCUGCUGCAGGGCCUGCUGACGUUCGAUCCGAAACAAAGACUGACGGCCGACGCGGCCCUGAAGCACGGCUACUUUAAGGAGCUGCCACUGCCCAUCGAUCCCUCCAUGUUUCCCACCUGGCCGGCCAAGAGUGAACUCGGGGCCCGCAAAGCUCAGGCCUCGUCGCCCAAGCCGCCGUCCGGUGGCUCGCAGUUCAAGCAACUGGGACGCGACGAUCCCAUCGCCGUGGGUCCGGGAAACAAGCUUUCAUCUGGCAUUAUCACCGGUAACAAGAAGAGCCACGGAGCUGGUGGAUCGUCGGCCAGCACGGGAUUCGUCCUGAACGCUGGGAUAACGCAACGCCAGCUGGCCAUGGGACCGGGAUUCAGUCUGAAGUUCUGAUUCGAAGUCGGAUUCUGUGUGUUUUUAGCCA